AUGUCAAAACUGGCCGGUGCGACGGCAAAAGUGGUCAAAGGUGUUACGAAGCUAAAACCAACCAGAGUUGCACUGACGCUUACUCCUGACGCAGUAAAACAGGUGCGAUAUCUUCUUGAAAAUCAGAAGGAUGCUAAAGCGCUUAAGAUAGGCGUUCGAACGAAAGGUUGUAAUGGACUCACAUAUACGUUAGACUAUGCGAAGGAGAAGGCGAAGUUCGAUGAAGAAGUUGUUCAGGAUGGGGUCCGUAUCUGGAUUGAUCCGAAGGCUCAGCUUGGUCUGCUGGGCACUGAAAUGGACUACAUCACCGAUCGACUGAGUUCCGAGUUCGUCUUCCGAAAUCCAAACAUCAAGGGCACAUGCGGUUGCGGAGAAUCUUUCAAUAUGGCACCAAGCGAAACGUCAAAAAAGAACGUGAAGAAGGCGUCCAAAAUGUCGAAUCCUGUGGAGAAACUUCAGUGCUUGCCUGCACACGAAGAUCGAAAAACUCUGGAUGGAGAAGUUAUUGCCUUCGAAGCCUUCUGGGCAACCCAUCUUUCUAGUGAACAAACAGCAUGGGUAUUCGAUCUUUUCAAGGAAAACAUGUAUGAAUUAUACUCAAUGUCACAAUGGGGGUGGGAUCCUGAGUCCAAGAAACAAGAACUUGGCGCAACAACUGCCAGGUUUAUCAUUGCUAGAAAUGCACUGGGCGAAAAUAUUGGCUACACGCAUUAUCGAUUUGAUAUGGAUCAUAACUGCCCAGUGUUGUACUGCUAUGAAAUCCAAGUUCAAAACAAAUAUCAGAAAAAGGGUGUAGGGACUCUCCUUAUGCAAACACUGGAAACACUUGCAGAAAAGACCGGUAUGGAAAAAGUGAUGGCCACUGUGUUUGCUUUCAACGAGAAGUCGCUUGGAUUCUUUCAUAAACUGGGGUAUGAGACUGACGUCACUUGUCCAGAUGAGAACCAAGGACGAGAUUACCUAAUUUUGAGUAAAACGAUCAGUUGA